CAAAACCGGUUCAAGGAUAAUCCACAGAAACAAACAACAAGUACAGAGUUGAGACAUAAUAUCAUAAACCUUCUUAUCUCUCGAUAAACUUCAGAUAUACAAAAAAAAAUUAAAAACCCAAACUUUUAUUUUCCCCAAUCAAAAACCCUAAUCUCUUCUUAUCUUGUUUGAUUUUUGAUUCCACAAACCCAAUAAAAAAAGUUUGCAUUUUUUCGUUUCAGAUCUUCGAUUUCGCCAUUUUUCUUAACUAUUAUGCGAACUAAGUUUUGUUCUUCGUGAUUCCUAUACGACAAUGAUCUUCUUCUCUAAGCUUAGUCGCUCCAUUUCUCGUUCAAGGGGGUUUUUGUACGGUGGUGGGGUUAGAUCGGCGGUGUUAAACGAGGCAAGGCUGCUUACUUCGCCGGGUCUUGAGGCGGCGUCUGUGAAUCAAGUGGAAGGUGGAUUAGGGUUUAUAAGAAGACACUUUGCUUCUUUAGCUUCACGGAAGGGUUUAGUCAAUUAUGAUUUGAUUGGUGUUUUUGCUAAUCCAAAGAUUCGUAGAUUCUUCUCUGAUGAAGCUCCUAAGAAGAAGAAUUAUGAAAACUAUUUUCCUAAAGAUACAAAGCAAGAACCCAAGAGUGAUCAGAAAUCAGAGCAUAAAGAAGGUUCAGAGAAGAAUGAAAAUGAGAACGUGGGAGAUAUGUUCAUGAAUCGAUUCCAAAAUUUGCUGAUUCCUCUAUUAGCUCUUGCUGUGUUCUUUUCUUCUUUCUCGUUUGGCUCUGGGGACCAACAACAGAUUAGUUUCCAGGAGUUCAAAAACAAGCUUCUCGAGCCUGGUCUAGUUGACCACAUAGAUGUUUCAAACAAAUCAGUAGCAAAAGUCUAUGUGAGGAGCUCACCGAAAGACCAACAAACAACUGACGUUGUCCAUGGCAAUGGUAAUGGUAUUCCUGCUAAAAGAACUGGUGGUCAGUAUAAGUACUACUUCAAUAUCGGUAGUGUUGAUUCUUUUGAGGAGAAACUCGAAGAAGCUCAAGAAGCGCUAGGUGUUGAUCGUCAUGAAUAUGUUCCUGUCACAUACGUCUCUGAAAUGGUCUGGUAUCAAGAGUUCAUGAGGUUUGCACCGACUUUAUUGCUCUUGGGUACUCUUAUCUAUGGGGCGAGACGGAUGCAAGGUGGAUUGGGUGUAGGAGGAACUGGCGGUAAGAAUGGUCGUGGAAUUUUCAAUAUAGGCAAAGCCACAAUAACAAGAGCGGAUAAACAUUCCAAGAAUAAGAUUUAUUUUAAGGAUGUUGCUGGAUGUGACGAGGCUAAACAAGAAAUUAUGGAGUUUGUACAUUUCCUUAAGAACCCAAAGAAGUAUGAAGAUUUGGGUGCUAAAAUUCCGAAAGGGGCACUUUUAGUCGGUCCGCCUGGAACCGGAAAGACCCUUUUAGCAAAAGCCACAGCGGGAGAAUCGGGUGUACCAUUUCUGUCUAUUUCUGGCUCAGAUUUCAUGGAGAUGUUUGUUGGUGUUGGGCCUUCGAGGGUGAGACAUUUGUUCCAAGAGGCAAGACAAUCUGCACCAAGCAUUAUAUUUAUAGAUGAGAUUGAUGCGAUUGGUCGGGCAAGAGGUCGUGGAGGUUUAGGUGGAAACGAUGAGCGUGAAAGCACUCUGAAUCAGUUGCUAGUUGAAAUGGACGGUUUUGGUACAACCGCUGGAGUUGUGGUUCUUGCUGGGACCAACAGACCAGAUAUUUUGGAUAAAGCUUUGUUAAGGCCUGGCCGUUUUGAUCGCCAGAUAACCAUUGAUAAACCUGAUAUUAAAGGGCGUGAUCAGAUUUUCCAGAUUUACUUGAAGAAGAUCAAACUUGAUCAUGAGCCAUCGUAUUACUCUCAAAGGCUUGCGGCUCUCACUCCCGGGUUUGCUGGAGCUGACAUUGCAAAUGUCUGUAACGAAGCAGCUCUUAUUGCUGCUAGACACGAAGGAGCCACGGUUACAAUGGCACACUUUGAAUCUGCGAUUGAUCGUGUUAUUGGUGGUCUGGAGAAGAAAAACCGGGUGAUAAGCAAGUUGGAGCGACGUACCGUUGCAUAUCAUGAAUCUGGUCACGCGGUUGUAGGGUGGUUCCUCGAACAUGCAGAGCCGUUGCUGAAAGUGACUAUUGUGCCACGUGGCACAGCGGCUCUCGGAUUUGCACAAUAUGUUCCAAACGAAAACCUUCUCAUGACCAAAGAGCAACUCUUUGACAUGACUUGCAUGACCCUUGGUGGCCGUGCAGCUGAGCAGGUAUUGAUAGGAAAAAUCUCAACGGGUGCGCAGAAUGAUCUAGAGAAGGUGACAAAGAUGACGUACGCGCAAGUAGCUGUAUACGGUUUCAGCGACAAGGUUGGGCUGCUCUCGUUUCCACCAAGGGAUGAUGGCUACGACUUCUCUAAACCAUACAGCAAUAAAACCGGCGCUAUCAUAGAUGAAGAAGUUAGGGAAUGGGUGGCCAAAGCUUAUGAGCGGACAGUAGAGCUGGUUGAGGAACACAAAGUGAAAGUGGCUCAGAUCGCCGAGCUUUUACUAGAGAAAGAGGUGUUGCAUCAGGAUGAUCUCUUAAAAGUUUUAGGUGAACGUCCAUUUAAGUCCGCCGAGGUGACUAAUUAUGACCGGUUCAAGUCUGGGUUUGAGGAGAGUGAGAAGGACUCGGCCCCCACGCCGACAGUGGAGCCUGUGGUAGAUGAAGGAGUUCCUCCGCCGCUUGAACCACAGGUUAUUCCGACGUAGGAGAAACGUCACUGUUACAAUUGUAAAUUUUGAUUCAGAAUGCAAUAACACAAAAAAAAAAAAAGCACUCUUGUUCUUCAAUGUUUUUUUUAGUGACGAGGAACUUUGUUAGUAAUGAAUAUUUUUUUGUUUCCUAAAUUAUUGCUUCUAAUCAGAUUUUUUUUUUUUUUUUAAUUU